AUGUCAAAUGCAACUUUGAUUCAUACGAGGCAACAGUUGUUAGAAAGAGUGUUGAUUUGCAUUCUGACUACAGUUCCAUGUUUUGUGUGUCUUUUCAUUAAUUGUGCCCUGCUAUUCACCUUGAGGAGUAAACCUCUGUUUCGUGACACCUCCCGAUACAUUCUUCUUUAUAACCUCCUUUUUGCAGAUACUGCGCUGCUGGUUCAGAAUCACUUAAUGUACAUAUUGGCUGUUUGCAGAAUAACACUGACGUAUCCUGUGUGCGGUGUUCUCACAAUGCUCGCCAACCUCACAACUGCCAUUUGCUUUCUCACAUUGGCUGUGAUGUCUCUGGAAAGAUAUGUAGCUGUGUGUUACCCACUGAGACAUACUACUAUCAUUACCAUCAGAAAUACAGAAGUUGCUAUUAUUGUGGUUUGGGCCUUCAGUGCAUUAAGUAUCCUCACUCGAGUUACUUUGCUAUUAAAUUUACAGUUUGAAAAACUGCAGAGCCUGCAAAUGAAAUACUUCUGUGGCAAAGAAAGCAUAUUGCUUGAUCCAAUGUUGGAUCUUUAUGACACAUCUAUUACCUACUGUCUGUUUGGAUCAACCGGUGUGGCAGUCAGUUGCUCCUAUAUUGGUGUGAUUAUAGCAGCCAGGUCAGCCUCCACAGACAAAGCUUCAGCCCGAAAGGCUGCUAAUACGCUGUUGCUGCAUCUGGUGCAGCUAGGCCUCAGUUUCUUUUCAACUAUACGCAACCCAAUCCUCAUAGCUAUCUCACAGGUCCUAGAAGGAAUAACAUUGUUGUACAUGCAGAUUUUUUUUUAUGUGUAUUUUAACAUCUUCCCAAGAUGUCUGACUUCACUCAUCUAUGGAAUCAGAGACCAAACCAUCAGACCCCUCUUUGUGUACAAUCUCUGCUGUCAGUGUAGAGGAUCACUUUCUGUCACUUUAUAG